AUGGCCCCAAAAGGUUUGACGAAGAAUCAGAUGCGGCGGAUGAAGAAGAAGGAGCAAAAGAAAGCACAGGUUUCCGCAACCCCAGAGCCAGACAAGAAGCAAGAGACGACACCAGAUGAGGUCCAAGAAGAAGCUCCUGAGGCUACGUCUGCGCCUGCGAAACCCGAAGAUGACGACGAAGAUAUACUUCAGCCAGAUGUGUCAAUACUGGAUAUCAGCGAGGAUGACCCUAAUUUCGAGAUGUACAAGAAUAUUAUGGAGAAGUUCCGCGCAAAUACAGAAGACGAUGAAGCUGGAAAGCAGGUAGAUGCUGGUGAUAAGGGCGAGGUAUACUACGACGAUGAUGAUGAGAUACCCGACGAGGACGAAGAUGCAGACAAAGAGGCGAAGCUAUCGAAGAAGAAGAGGAAGGAGAGAGACAAGCUCUCGGUCGCAGAAUUGAAGGCGCUCGUGCAGAAGCCAGAGCUCGUGGAAUGGACCGACACAUCCGCAUCGGACCCUCGAUUACUUGUCCAAAUCAAAUCCUACCGAAACAUCGUACCAGUACCAACACAUUGGUCGCUAAAGCGCGAAUACCUCUCCUCGAAGCGUGGUGUGGAAAAGCCGCCUUUCGCGCUCCCAAAAUUCAUCCAGGAUACUGGAAUUGCUGAGAUGCGGGAUGCGGUGCUGGAGAAGCAGAACGAAGCCAGCUUAAAGCAGAAGCAGAGAGAAAGAGUUCAGCCAAAGAUGGGAAAAUUGGAUAUCGAUUACCAAAAGUUGUAUGAAGCCUUCUUCAGGUUCCAAACAAAACCGGAACUAACGCGCUAUGGUGAGGUUUACUACGAGGGUAAGGAGUACGAGACCAACCUACGACAUCUACGUCCUGGGGAGCUGAGUGAAGAUUUAAAAGAGGCUCUGAAUAUACCUCCGGGAGCUCCACCACCAUGGUUAAUCAAUCAACAACGAUUUGGACCACCACCUUCUUACCCUUCUCUCAAGAUUCCUGGACUGAACGCGCCUCCACCGCCUGGUGGUGCUUGGGGAUUCCAUCCAGGUGGAUAUGGAAAGCCUCCUGUUGAUGAGUUUAACCGCCCACUCUAUGGUGGAGACAUUUUUGGUGUUUUACAGCCUCAGGUCAACAAUCAAGCCGGAGAGCCAGUUGAGCGGACAUUAUGGGGCGAGUUACAGGCACCAGAAGACGAAUCAGAGGAUGAGGAGAGCGAAGACGAGGAGGAAGAGGGUGACGAGGAAGAUAUUGGUGCUGGCCUUCAAACACCAAGCGGCUUGGAGACCCCAGGUGGAUUGGAAUCUUCAGUUCCAUCUGAGUAUGCUGGGGAAAUAAGUGUUGGUGGUGACUUUGAUGUCCGAAAGUCAAAACGAGGCACAGAUACAGAGGAGUCUUCUGCACCGAGAUCAGCGUACACGGUCAUCCCAGAGCGACAAAUUCGUGCCGAGGGUUUCUUUGGCGGCGAUCGUGCCUAUGAUGUACGAGGCGCCCAGAAUGCACAUCUACCAGUACUGGGUCAAGAAGACGAUAGCAGGAAGCGGAAGAAGCCAGGAGAUGUUGAUGUUGCGUUAGAUCCAGAUUCUCUACUUUCGGAGGAUGGCAUCAGCAAAGACGAAGUACGACGCAGAUUUGAGGCAUCCAAGAAAGAGGAAAAGGGUGCGUGGGCUUAUGAUGAGGAUCUCAGCGACAUGAUUGCACAGGAGAGCCGAAAGAAACAGAAGCGAGACGAUGAGAAGAGAGGCGAGAAGCGCGAGAGAUCAUAUAGAUUCUAG